CCCGGCUCCGCGCUUGGGGUAAAAUGGGGGGAGUCCCCGUGCUGGGCCUUCGACCACGAGCACCCCCCUUCGGCCAGGCAGCCCCACCUGGGAGCCUUGGCUGUAGGGCAGCCCCCUCCCCCUUCCCUUUUCCAGAUGGGGGGAAUUGAGGCGCAGCCCGGGGUGUGACUUCCCCAAGGUCACACCGCACAUCCCAGCCGUGACUUUCUUUACUUUGCCCUGGCUGCGAGGCCACGCUCCCCCGAGAUAAACCAGUCGUUUCUCCACCCUUCUUCUCCUUUACACGGGGUCGCAGGUGCCGGCGAUUCUUCCCCACUCCUUCUGGCCUGUGUCCUGAGCUUGUAGGUCUUAAGCAUGGGGCAUUUUUCUCUUCAAAUGCCUCUUGACAGUCUUUCCAUCACCUCUUGGGUCUUGCCCAUCCUUUUUUGUUGUCCUCCUUCCCAUGCUUCCUUGUUGCUUUUCUCCCUUUCUUAUCCUAUGUCGAGCCUAACUCAAUGCAGAGGUGAGAAUGCAAAACUUCGUUUUCGGCAACCCUUUUACAAGUCAGAAACUACCUCUGAAAAAUGCAGCAGAGCAAUGCUAAAGUGGCAGUGCUUGGUGCCUCUGGAGGGAUUGGCCAACCUCUUUCCCUUCUACUGAAGAAUAGCCCCUUAGUGAGCCACCUCGGCCUGUAUGAUAUUGCUCACACCCCUGGCGUUGCAGCUGACCUCAGCCACAUUGAGACAAGAGCCAAUGUCAAAGGUUUUAUUGGAUCUGAGCAGUUGCCAGACUGUUUGAAGGGCUGUGAAGUUGUAGUUAUUCCUGCAGGAGUCCCUAGAAAACCAGGUAUGACCCGUGAUGACCUGUUCAAUACCAACGCUACCAUUGUUGCGAAUUUGACGUCUGCCUGUGCCAAGCACUGUCCAGAAGCUAUGAUCUGCAUUAUUGCUAACCCGGUAAAUUCUACCAUCCCGAUAACCUCUGAACUUUUUAAGAAGCAUGGGGUUUAUAAUCCCAACAGAAUCUUUGGUGUUACCACACUGGACAUUGUCAGAGCAAAUACUUUUGUGGCUGAACUAAAGGGCUUAGAUCCAGCUCGAGUAAACGUUCCCGUUAUUGGUGGCCAUGCAGGAAAGACUAUCAUCCCUCUGAUCUCUCAGUGUACACCAAAAGUGGAGUUCCCUCAGGAUCAAUUGGAAACACUUACGGGGAGAAUUCAGGAGGCUGGUACUGAAGUUGUGAAAGCUAAAGCAGGAGCAGGAUCUGCCACCUUAUCUAUGGCAUAUGCUGGUGCCAGGUUUGUCUUUUCUGUCCUGGAUGCAAUGAAUGGAAAGGAAGGGGUUAUUGAAUGUUCCUUUGUUAGAUCGGAAGAAACAGAGUGUCCGUACUUCUCCACACCUCUGCUACUUGGGAAAAAUGGAAUUGAGAAGAAUCUAGGUAUUGGCAAGAUCUCUCCUUAUGAAGAAAAGAUGAUAGCUGAGGCCAUGACUGAGCUGAAAGCUUCUAUCAAGAAGGGAGAGGAGUUUGUGAAGAGCAUGAAGUGAAGAGCGGAUAGGGAAGAAGAAUCAGUUUCCUUAAUUUAUUAAGGCAUCAUGUCACUUUAAAAGACUCCAGAUGCAAAGCACGAGCUUUGAUCUAAGUCACUCUGUAUUAGUGUAUUAUCUGCUCUCAAUUUGUCAAUUGGAAUUCUACACAUCAAUAAAACAGCCUCCUGUUUUUUUCAGGGUA